CACAGGAGUAGGAAAGAGAGGAGAGGAGGGGAGAGGAAAGGAGAAGGCUGUUGUCAGAGCCAGACUAGAGGAGAGGACAGGAGAGAGAGGAGAGGAGAGGAGAGGAGAGGAGAGGAGAGGAGAGGAAGACGCGGCCGGGGACACGAAAUGGCGUCUCUCCUGCUCGCCGGUGGUGCAGCAGGUGCACGCCGCUCGGAAUUCAUGGUGGCCGGACUCCGGGCAUUUGCAGGGGCAUUUUCUCAAUCAAGUUCCCGGAUGGAUGAUGUGAACCAAUCUCCAAGAGUAGGAAUAAACACAAAUGUGGAGCAUCCUACUGUCACAAGCAUCAAGCUGGAUGAUGUGAACCAGUCUCCAAGAGGAGGAAUAAACACAAAUGUGGAGCAACCUACUGUCACAAGCAUCAAGCUGGAUGAUGUGAACCAGUCUCCAAGAGGAGGAAUAAACACAAAUGUGGAGCAACCUACUGUCACAAGCAUCAAGCUGGAUGAUGUGAACCAGUCUCCAAGAGGAGGAAUAAACACAAAUGUGGAGCAACCUACUGUCACAAGCAUCAAGCUGGAUGAUGUGAACCAGUCUCCAAGAGGAGGAAUAAACACAAAUGUGGAGCAACCUACUGUCACAAGCAUCAAGGAAAGCAUGGGGAACUCACAGAGAGCUUCCACUCCACACCCAUCAGAUCUGCUUAAAUUUACAAAGCUUAAAACUGAUACGGAAACAAAUCCUUUCUCAAUCGGGUUUGGCAAUGCUGCUUCGGGCGACGUGCAAAAGUUUCUGGAUAUAUUGCAUGCUGACGAGGAGUUCUACAAGGAGAGUAUCGAGGAGAAUGUACUCAAGGAGAUGUAUUUCAGUGUGGUGAGGCCUGCACUUAUUCCCAGAUGUCUGAUUUUCCCCUAUGAAAUUGGGAAUAAACAUGCUCCGGGUCUGCAUGAGGCCUACAAAACGAUCACCAAACGAGAGGAGCCACUCUACAUUAGCUCUCGGGAUCUCAUGAUCACCUUGAGCUCUAUGGCAAACGAGCACUGGGUUCAUUUACUGAACUUCUUCAGUGACCAGCGUGUUCUUGUCAUUGAAGAUUGGUGUAACUCGUACGGAACAUUGUUCGGAGCUGGGCGCUACGAUCAUGGCUUCAACUGCGCCCCCACCGGUGAAAUGUGCUUUAAGGGCGAGUGUGAUGCAUCAGUGAAGGGUGGAAUGGCAAGAAUCUGUUGUAUCAUUUGGAGAGGAAACCAAAUUGUUGCUUGCCAAGUCCUUACUGAUAUUCCUUGUCAGGUUAAAAAAGAUGACCGGAAGGGCAAAUCUGCCUCAGCCAGGGCUGAAGCACUCGCUAUGUUCUAUUUAUUGAAAUUGGCUAUUUCAUUGGGAAUUGACAAGUUGCAAGUCAGCACUGACAAUCGCACGGUAGAUGAGGUGCUGCGAGGAACCCAUGAAAUCUCUGAGGAAAAUGACUGCAAGAGGAUUUAUGAAGUAUUGAGGUCUCUAAAACGAUGCUUCAAUAUUUUGAUCUCUAGGUGGGAACCUAGAUGCAACUUAUCUUUUGUCGAUCAGAUGAUACAACAAUUUGAUUAGGGGAGCACUCCAGACCACGUAAGCUUUGUAAAAGUUCAAGCUUUACUCGGGAAAUGGUCCCAUUCUCUCGAUGGCUACCCUGUGUUCAGUGUCAAGCAAAGGAAAAAAUGCCAUUUGAUCAAACACUUAAAUGACAGGGCGGCAUCUCUUGAAAGGAUUGAGGAAAUGUGCUAUCUGGAAGUUGAUGAAGGCAGCAAAUUGGACACCAUCUGUCACAUGACUGUGGCACUUCACCCAAAGGAGUUUUUCAUCGCUGUUCAUGAGCUUGGUUCCACGUAUGAUCUCGUUGAUCGUCUGAAAGAGAUAUAUGAGGACUGUGAUGUUGCGGUGACACCAUUUGAUGAGUACUCA